UGCACAUUGUUUUCUUGUAUUUUCGUGGUUAGAGACCGGAGAGUGGUCAGCAAGGUCUGUGUGUGGAGGGGUCGGGAGAAAUGGAUGAUGGUCGACAAGCAAUGAUGAAACAUUAAGAAAGGAUUCUUCGGCAAGCUAGACCGAUCCAAGUUUCUAACCCGACUUAGCGACAAACUCGGCGAUUAUGCCCAGCGCCGACUUAGCCGUAAGAAGUUUAUCAGAAGUGGAGAAAUACCUCAACAGCCGGAACGAAAUGGCGGAACGAAGCAAUGGCGAUGGAAACAGCCUGAACAUUCGGGAGGCGAUGCGGCGCGGCAGCUCCGAGAACAACCUGGAUUUGGACCUGAGUAGCAUCCCAGACUCCCAGCGCUAUCUAGACUCCUCCCACCGCAGCUUAGACUCCGCCUACCGUUCCCUGCCCCCCGGCCUCAACAGCCUGCAGCAGAAGAUCCUUAGGGUCACCGAGCAGCUGAAGAUUGAGCAGGAGGCGCGUGACGAGAACGUGGCGGAGUACCUGAAACUGGUCAACAGUGCCGACAAACAACAGGUGGGGCGCAUCAAGCAGGUGUUUGAGAAGAAGAACCAGAAGUCGGCUCAAAGCAUCGCCAACAUGCAGAAGAAGCUGGAGCAGUACCACAAGAAGAUGAAGGACAGCAGCGAGAAGGAGGCCAGCUCCAGACACCACAGUGGCCCCGGAGAGACCCACAGGGACGCGCUGAGCCACACCCCCAGCCACGUCAGCAGUGGCAGCGGUCGACACCCCACCGACAAGGUCAAGACUGUGGGGCCCGGCGUCUCGCUGUCGCCGCCCUUCUUCUUCAGCAAGCCCCGGGACUUCGCCAACCUCAUCAGGAACAAGUUUGGCAGCGCUGACAACAUUGCCCACCUGAAAACCUCCCUGGACAAUCAGUCGCCGUUCCACUCCGAGGGAACAGGACGGGCUUUGAGCGGGAGCGCCACCAUAGUCGGCGGGAAGACCGCCCCCACCCCCGCCGCCACACCCACCGCGAAGUACACCAGCGACGACGAGUGCUCCUCCGGGACGUCCCUGUCGGCGGACAGCAACGGGAACGUCAUGACCCUGGGGGCGGCCCCGGGCGUGGAGGGGGGCGCCGGGGCCGCAGGGACCCCAGGGCAGAGCUUGGAGGCUGGGGACAGCCAGGGGAGGCUGGUCCCCGGCGUGGAGGAGAUCCGGGAGGCACAGGGACAGCUGGAGGAGGACAUGGAGAAUCUCAGGAGCCAGUUUAAGAAGGAUUACGUCUUCCUCACCCAGACGCUACAGGAGGAGAGAUACAGGUGUGAGCGGUUGGAGGACCAGCUGAAUGACCUGACCGAGCUGCACCAGGCCGAGACGGCGGACCUGAAGCAGGAGCUGGCCAGCAUCGAGGAGAGGGUGGCCUAUCAGGCCUACGAAAGAGCCAGAGAUAUCCAGGAGGCCCUGGAGUCCUGCCAGACGCGGGUCUCUAAACUGGAACUCCAGCAGCAGCAGCAGCAGACCGUGCAGCUGGAGUCCCGUGAUGCCCGGGUGCUCCUGGGUAAGAGCAUCAACAUCAUGCUGGCCAUCGUCACCGUGAUCCUCGUCUGCGUAUCCACGGCCGCCAAGUUCGCCGCGCCCCUCAUGAGGAGCCGACGCCACGUGAUGGGCACCUUCCUGGGCAUGUGCCUCCUGGCCCUGUUCUGGAGGAACUGGGACAGUCUCCAGUGUGCUGUGGAGCGGGUGCUGAUGCCAGCCUGACAGAACAGAAUGGGCCAUGCCGUCCAAUCAGAACCCUGCCAAUCAGAACCUCUGGAAUGACCGAAGACCUCCGUCUAAAUAGUAAAUGUACAAGUGAUUAUGUGCAGUGGUCCCUGAAUGAGGAGAAGGGGGCUGACCUAACACGGUCACGGACUGACUGGUUAUCCCCUCCACACCGACUAACACUGACUGCCGACGACCAUGUGGGAGAACACGAGGACAGACCAGACCGUAGCUCUGUCAGGCCGUGUCGUAAGUGCUGCUGCUUCCUGCAACGUUGUGUCACAGGACUUUUGUCCAUGAGUCGACGAUGCCUGGUUGGACCGAGGAGGCUAAUGACAGUGAAGGAUAAUGCUGGACAGAGGAGGAUAAUGCUGCUUGUUAUCCUGUGACUCCAUCAAAGCUCACCCAAACAGCAUGUUUAAAUGCGGGGGGGGGGG